UAACAACUAAUUUGCUAAAUCAAACCUAUAGAGAGGUUGGUUAAUGUAUCCGGAUUAAUAGAACCAAUUUGCUUUGACCCUGUUUUUAGGAGGAUUCGGUGCAAAUGUAGAUUUUUAAGUACCAACAGUUUAACCCUGGGAGCUCUUAACGACUCGCAUUCCUUGAGGUAAGUCCUUAAACAUUGAUCAUUCUAGUCUUUGAUUUUCUAGACCUUGUUCGUGAGUACACUGUAACUUGUUAAUGUUAAGAGUGUUGCUCGAACUUGUAGAGACUUGGAGUGAACUCUACUCUAUCUUACUUUUAUUGUGGUUCGAUUUUCGAAUACUAGGGUUUCAUUUCUCAUCUUCAUGUUCAGGUAGUUUGAUUGCAAGGAGUCUUCAUUAAUGGGGAAUCCAGUCGAUAACAAGUUCACUUGGGUGAUUAAGAAUUUUUGCUCUGUGAGCUCCAAGCCCAUUUAUUCAGAUCAAUUCUUGAUUGGUGGCUACAAAUGGCAUAUUUUGGCCUAUCCCAAGAAACGAGAUGGUCAUCAAUGCUUUUGUCUGGAUCUGGAACUUGUUGAUUGUGAAUUCUUGCCUUCUGGAUGGAGAAGCGUCGUGAAGUUUUCUUUUACUGUCGUAAAUUAUUUCUCGAAGAAACUCUCAAGCCAGAUAGGACUAAAACACUUGUUUACUAAGAAGGAACGAAGCAAGGGUUUAUCCGUGAUUCACUUUAGUGAACUUACGGACAAAAAACGUGGGUUUCUUGUGGAUGGAGAAGUCGAAAUUGUUGCUCAGAUAGAUGUUCGUGAAACUGAUCAUAAAUUACAAGGAUCAAAGGACUAUGACAUGGAAAUGCAAUAUUUGAAUGGGAUGGCAACGACAUUUUUCAUAAACAAAGAGCCCAAUGAUGAUGACAAGGCAGGUUUGGUGAAUGUCAAGGGGUUUCAAGUUCUUCCUUCACAGUUGGGUAUUGUGAAUCGCAUCUUUGAGAAACACCCGGAGACUGCAUUAGAAUGCUGUACAAAGAACCAAGAACUGAGAGCAUCAUACAUAAAUGUCAUCUUUAGCCUAAUCAAGAUGCUCUACAAAGGGGCUCAGGAACACUCCACACAUGAUCUGUCUGAUGCAGAAGGUGCUCUGGCAUACAUGAAAAAUGUAGGGUUUAAGUUGGAUUGGUUGGAGAAGAAACUUGAUGAAGUAAAAGAAAUCAAGAAGAAAUGUGAACGGGUGACUGAAAUGCAGCAAGAGCUGCAUGACUUGAUGAAUAAGCACACAAACGUAAGUAUACUGCUGGAAAAGGAGAUGUUAGAGAUUAAGAAUGCUUCAGCUCCUGAUCUAUCUUUCAGUGAUGUUAUUUGAUGACUCGUGUUCUUAGGGACUUGAUGUUUGGUUCUGUCUUUUUCUUUAUGUUCUAGUCUCUGGUCGUUAAUAAGAGUCUCUGUUUAACCGAGAAAAAACACGAGUAUUAAUUUUUUUAAAAUGCACAA